AUGUCGGCGCUGUACAGGCCGAACAGGCCAUACACUAGACUCCAGGCCAGUCCCAGGACUGUUGUAGGCAAUGUCACCAAUGAGCAAGCUAAUAGCUUGGCCAAACUCAUGCGACUCGUGUCUCAUCACUUCCAGACACAUCUCGUUAUCAACAUGAAAGAGGUUUUCUCGAUAAGACGAGAACCUGGCUCAAAUCCUACGAUCCUCAAGAUCCGCGACAGACUAGUGAAUGGUUACUCCCUGAACAAAAACCCUCGUUAUCAACGUGAAAGAGGUUUUCUCGAUAAGAUCAUCGCGAUCGACGAGACCUGGCUCAAAUCCUACGAUCCUCAAGAUCCGCGACAGACUAGUGAAUGGUUACUCCCUGAACAAAAACCAUGGGAGGAACUUGACCACCCCUCAUAUAGCCCUGAUAUGUCACCGCCGGAUAUGGACGGAAUCCAGCGCAUUAAAGCCCCAAACAAGGGGAAGCAAUUCCACUCGAGAUGA